AUGCAGGCCGAGAGGGGUCCCAAGACCAGCGAUGAUCUGGCGCUUGCCCGAUUGGGUAAGAAGCAGGUGCUCAAACGUCGAUUCAACUUCCUGGCCAUCGUGGGAUUCGCAAUGGCCGAGCUGAUCACUUGGGAGACGGUUCUCACUUUGUUCUCUCAAUCCUUUGAGAAUGGCGGCCCUGCAGGAGCUUUCUUUGGUUAUAUUAUCGCCUGUCUGUCCACGUUGUCCACGUACACGGUUAUCGCGGAGCUUGCGUCCAUGGCACCGAUUGCGGGAGGACAAUACUACUGGGUCUAUAUGCUUGCGCCGAUGCGAUGGAAGAAAGUCUGCAGCUACCUGAUCGGGUGGCUGACUUCCUUGGCGUGGAUCGCCACCAUCGCAACGGAGACCAUAUUCCUCGGCACCAUGAUCGAAGGCCUGAUCACCCUGAACAACCCGGAUUUUGCCCAGAAGCGUUGGCAGAACACGCUCUUGGCAUGGGCGAGCGUGGCUGGCACGUUCCUCAUCAAUGUCGUGGUACCCAACAUUUUGCCCCGGUUUGAGAUAUUCAUGCUCGUCCUCCACUUGGCAGGAUUCAUCGCCAUCACGGCGGUGCUCUUGGCUAUGUCGCCGAAGAAAUCCGCAGACUUCGUCUUCCACACUGUGCUCAAUGAAGGGAAUUGGCCGACCCAAGGGAUCUCGUUUUGUGUUGGUUUCAUUGGCAAUAUCGCAACCUUUGUCGGCGCCGAUGCCAGUGUGCACAUGGCCGAAGAGGUCGCCAAUGCCGCCGUCGUCAUUCCGAAAGCGAUCAUUGCGGGCAUGUCAAUCAACAGUGCCCUUGGCUUCUCGAUGAUGCUCACCGUUCUCUUCUGCAUCGGAGACGUCGAGUCUGUGUUGAACUCGGCCACUGGAUUCCCCUUCAUCCAAAUCUUCUACAAUGUCACCCACUCACACGCAGCUGCUUCAGUCAUGACGGCCCUGAUCAUCGUACUCACCAUGGCCUGCUCGACCGGAAUUACAGCCACCGCAUCCCGAAUGACCUGGUCUUUUGCCCGGGAUCGGGGUCUCCCAUUCUCUCGUUGGCUGAUGCAGGUAAAUGGUCGCACUCACGUUCCGGUUGUAGCUGUCACCGUAGUCUGUGGGCUUGCCUGUGCCCUGACGCUCAUUUAUAUUGGAUCCACCACUGCAUUCAACGAUGUGAUCUCCCUGACCGUGACAGGAUUCUAUGGCACGUAUCUUGUCCCCAGCGCCUUCCUUCUGUACCAUCGAGUCAGGGGACACAUUCUGCCCCACGGAACCAUGAUGGAUGGUCUCUCCGAGGCUGGUGUGUUCGUCAAUGCAUCUGCGCCUACUUCGACAGAGAAAUCCACAAUGCCCUUGCGCCCCAAGAGCCCAGAGAAUCCCGAAACUCCCCAGGGAGUCCGUUCCGCCCACAGUCCCGAACGCAGUACUGCCCAGCGGCCCCAUGCGCCACCGACGGAGUAUGAUAUUGCCCAAGCACCUUUGAUCUGGGGUCCGUGGAAAGUUCCCGGGAUACUUGGCACCAUAAAUAAUGCGUACGCUUGCGUGUAUAUGGUCUUCGUCAUCUUCUGGAGCGUCUGGCCUCCUGCAACUCCAGUUGACUACACGACCAUGAAUUACAGUAUAGUCGUGACCGGAGGUGUGCUCAUCCUGAGUGGCAUCUGGUAUGUUGCCCGUGCAAGGAAAGAAUACUCAGGGCCACUGAUCGACGAGGAAGUGGCUGAAAUCAUGCAUCUGACACCAGUAGCGGUGGCUGGGGCAGCCUCAAAGUCCGAAUAA